AUGACGGAUAUUUGUUACGAGGACGAAGCGUCUGCCUGUGAAUCGAGGCUGUCGUGGUCGAGCCGGAGGCGGAGGAUCGGAGCUCAGCGUUGCAGGAUGUCUUCGGCGGAGAUGAAACCUCCGGCGGCGGCGACGGAGUUGGACUCGGAGGGGAUAUAUAAGCGUAAUAAACAGGAGGAAUACGAUUUUAUGAACUGCGCAUCACCUUCUCGAAGCUAUCCUGAAGAUUGUUCAGAAGCGAACGGGAGUGUAUUACUAGAACUGGAGAUCGCGAGAGAUAACGGCGAAGUCGAAAUCUCCGGCGGAAAUCCAUCAAAGAAAACGGUGAGAGAGACGGAUCUGAGGCCUAGAUACGGCGCCUCAUCGGUGUGCGGGAGAAGAAGAGAUAUGGAGGAUGCGGUUGCGAUUCAUCCGUCGUUUGUACGUAAACAAACGGAGUUUUCUCGAACACGAUGGCACUAUUUUGGAGUUUACGACGGCCAUGGCUGCUCUCAUGUUGCGGCGAGGUGUAAAGAGAGACUUCACGAGCUAGUGCAGGAGGAAGCGUUUUCCGAUAAGAAGGAAGAAUGGAAAACGAUGAUGGAGCGUAGCUUCACGCGCAUGGACAAGGAGGUUGUUCGUUGGGGAGAAACCGUGAUGAGCGCUAACUGCAAAUGCGAGCUUCAAACGCCUGAUUGCGACGCCGUAGGAUCUACCGCCGUUGUCUCCGUCAUUACGCCGGAGAAGAUCGUUGUGGCGAAUUGCGGCGACUCUAGAGCAGUUCUCUGUCGAAAUGGAAAACCAGUUCCUCUAUCCACAGAUCACAAGCCGGAUCGUCCGGACGAGCUGGAUCGGAUCCAGGAAGCAGGAGGGAGAGUGAUAUACUGGGACGGAGCAAGAGUGUUAGGCGUUUUAGCCAUGUCACGAUCCAUAGGAGACAACUACUUGAAACCGUACGUGAGCUCAGAGCCGGAAGUGACGGUGACGGAUCGGACAGAGGAGGAUGAUUUUCUGAUACUAGCGAGCGACGGGCUAUGGGAUGUAGUGACGAACGAGGCGGCGUGUUCGAUGGUGCAUAUGGUUCUGAACAGAAGAGGCCGUGGUGGUGGAGGAGGAAGACGGCGAGAAACCCCGGCGAGUAGUGAAGAAGGGAAAGAGGAGGUGGCAGUGGGGUCAAGGAGGAACGGAAAGAAAGGAGAGAUCACGGACAAAGCAUGUACGGAGGCGUCAGUGUUGCUAACGAAGCUGGCGUUGGCGAAGCACAGCAGUGACAACGUAAGCGUCGUCGUCAUUGAUCUCAGAAGAAGAAGAAAGAGACACGUUGCUUGA